GGAAAGGGCUUUGCCCAUCAGGGUGCUAAGCGGCUUGAGAUAUCAUAGUCGCGACUCCCACUGAUGUGAACUUUGUCGUCUUCUUUGCUCUGCUGCAGCUUCCCGCCAUGCUGCAUCCGCGAGACGCGCUGAUAUGCGGGCUGCUUCUUUGGGGCACUCCCUCGAGCGCAGCCCCGCCCAGUGCAGAUCUCAACCGCGAGGCUGGGAACAGUGACGCUGCUGGACGACGACGACUGACAGGCCGGUUUUUGCAUAUUACGGAUUUCCACCCGGACCCCUUCUACAAAACAUACUCGAGCACCACGGCAGAAGCAACGUGCCACCGCCAACGGGGCCCUGCAGGACUCUAUGGCGCGGAGACGUCGGGCUGCGACUCGCCUUUUUCCCUCAUCAACGAGACGUUCAAGUGGAUAAACGACCAUGUCAAGGAUGAUGUCGACUUUGUGGUCUGGACGGGCGACUCGGCGCGACACGACAACGACGAGGCGCUUCCCAGAACGCAGAAACAAGUCAUACAGCAGAAUGAGUUCCUCGUGUCCAAAUUCGCCGAAGUCUUUGGGCAGAAGGAUCACGAUAGUGGGCGGACGGAUGGCUUUGCUAUUCCUGUGGUGCCCACGUUUGGCAACAACGACAUUAUGCCACACAAUAUCAUGCUUCAGGGGCCGAGCAAGUGGACGAAGAAAUACCUCGACAUCUGGCGGAACUUUAUUCCUGAGGAGCAGAGGCAUCAGUUCCAGCAGGGAGGCUGGUUCUCGGUUGAGGUGAUUCCAGGGAAGUUGGCUGUCGUCAGCUUGAACACGCUUUACUUCUUCACCUCCAACUCGGCCACAGAUGGCUGCGCGAACAAGCGCGAACCCGGCUACGAACACAUGGAGUGGCUGCGCAUCCAGCUCCAGAUCAUGCGCGACCGCGGUAUGAAGGCUAUCCUGAUGGGCCACGUGCCGCCCGCGCGCGUCGGUAGCAAGAGCAGCUGGGACGAGACGUGCUGGCAAAAGUACACGCUGUGGCAGCGGCAGUACCGCGAUGUCAUCGUCGGCUCGCUCUACGGACACAUGAACAUCGACCACUUCAUGCUGCAAGAUUUCGAGCACAUCGACAAGGACACCGAGAAUGGCAGGAUGGCAAACAGCCCCAGCCAGGAGGGAAUUCACAGCGAGAUUGGCUUACUUGAAGAUGGCGAGCUCACGGUGGCUUCGGCGUCGGAUUACCUGCUUGGUCUGAGAGAGGCGUGGGCUCAGCUUCCCUCGCCGCCUGCUAAGUCGGAUAAGAAGUCACGCUCAGGAAGAAGAACCUUUGACGACGACGACGACGACGAGCUGUCGAUUUGGGAGUGGCUGGUCUCCAAGGUUUCCGACCUGUCAAACAGGAGAAAACCAGGACAGAGCGACAAGCAAAAGUACCUCGAAAAGAUCGGAGGCCGAUACGCAGAACGCUACAGCUCGACACUCGUCGCACCCAGCGUCGUACCAAACUACUUCCCCACGCUGCGCAUCAUCGAAUACAACAUCACAGGCCUCGAGCACAUCCGUCUAUCCCCCCUCCUCAACAAUACCACACAAUCCCCGCUCGACAAACCAUCCACACAGUCCCCACUCACAGACCACGCCUUCGACCACGACGCAGCCUACAAGCGCGACAUAUCCGCCAUCCAGACCCAGAAAAACAAAAAGAAACACACCCCCCACAAAGGCCCCCGGAAAUACAAAUUCAAACUCCCCGCCCCUCCCUCCCCCGCAUCCCCGCCAGGCCCCGCUUACUCCCCCCAAUCCCUUACCUGGACGCGCUACACGCAGUACUUUGCAAACCUAACGCACAUUAACAACGACUUCCUCGAUCCGAAACAAAAUACGGAUAUCGAUGCAAAUGAAUCGCCAAACGCCCGAGCCCCACACACCAUCUUCGGCCUCGCCCUCAGCUCUGGGGGCAAGAUAGAAAAUACCCGCUGGAAAGAGGGGAAACACGGGAAACAUCAGGGUAAACAGCCUCGUCCGGAACCUCACCCUAAUCCCUUCAAGUAUGAAAUCGAAUACGAUACUAAGCGAAGAGGGUUCCCGGAUCUGACUGUCAGGCGCUGGGUCGAGUAUGCGCGGCGGAUUGGGAGUGGGGCGGCGGCGGAAAUGAAUGAGGGGAUGGGGGAGGUGGAAGUAGACGGCGGGAAGAAACAUAAGCAUAAACAUAAACAUGCGGAUUCCAAGGAGUGGUUUACGUUUGUGAGGCGUGCGUUUGUGGGCACUAUGGAUCCGCGCGAGAUUAAGGAGGUUUUUGGGAGGGCCGGGAGGGCGGAGAUGCAGUCGUAUGAGAAUGGGCAUGGGCUAGAUACGGAAGAACAAGAGGAAGAAGAAGAGGUUAUGGAGCUUUGAUGCUCGCUCGCAGUGUUGGAAAGGGGGCAUAGAUAGAUACCCUCUCCUCGCUUUUUCGCUGGACGUUUUCCGUAUUUUUCUUGGUUUGGUUUAUACAUUGGUUGGGUUAGCGUUGCAUCAUGGGCAUGUCGAAGUCUAGCAUAUAUUCUUUUUCUCAUGGCGUUUUCAAGGAGCAUAGAGGAGUGGGUUGGUGGGUCGAAUAUACUCAUACAUUAUCCAC